AUGCCUUCUCUCUACUCUACCCUCCGUGCUGGCAGCCUUCUGGCCAUGGCUAUUGCCGCCGUGGUCCAGGGCUCGCCCCUUGCACCCGGCGCCGCGCCGCUUGAGGUCCGCGCCGCCAGCGCCGAUCGUCUGGUCUUUUGCCAUUUCAUGAUUGGUAUUGUCGGCGACCGAAACAGCGCCUCCGACUUCGAUGAUGAUAUGAAGCGCGCCAAGGCUGCCGGUAUCGACGCCUUUGCCCUCAACAUCGGUGUUGAUGGCUACACCGACCAGCAGCUCGGCUAUGCCUACGACUCGGCCGCCAACAACGGCAUGAAAGUCUUCAUCUCCUUCGACUUCAACUGGUGGAGCCCCGGCAACGCCAACGGCGUCGGUCAGAAGAUUGCCCAGUACGCCAACCGCCCUGCCCAGCUCAAGGUCGACGGCCGUGUCUUUGCUUCUUCUUUUGCCGGUGACGGCCUCGACAUGAACGCUCUUCGAGCCGCCGCUGGAAGCAACGUCUACUUCGUCCCCAACUUCCACCCCGGACAAUCGAGCCCCGACCUCAUCGACGGUGCCCUCAACUGGCUUGGCUGGGACAACAACGGCAACAACAAGGCCCCUACUCCCGGCCACACUGUCACCGUCGAGGAUGGUGACAACUCGUACAAGUCAUGGCUCGGCGGCAAGCCCUAUCUGGCUCCCGUUUCUCCUUGGUUCUCUACCCACUUCGGCCCCGAGGUCUCCUACAGCAAGAACUGGGUCUUCCCCGGCGGUGCUCUUCUCUACAACCGUUGGAACGAGGUUCUCCAGCAGGGCUUCCCCAUGGUCGAACUUGUUACCUGGAACGACUACGGCGAGUCGCACUACCUCGGCCCUCUCUCCUCCAAGCACUACGACGACGGUAACUCCAAGUGGACAAACGAUAUGCCCCACGACGGCUGGUUGGACAUGUCCGCACCUUUCAUCGCUGCCUACAAGGCCAAGGCUACUUCCGUCAACGACUUCAUCACCAAGGAUCAGGUCAUCUACUGGUACCGCCGCACCCUUGCCGGCAUCAACUGUGAUGCUACGGAUACCACCAUGGUUGGCGCCAACAACGGCAGUGGCAACUACUUCAUGGGCCGUCCUGAUGGCUGGCAGACUCUCCCUGACGAGGUCUACGUUGUUACCAUGUUGACCUCUCCCGGAACCCUGACCAUCACGUCUGGUGGCCAGACUGUUACCAAGGAUGUGCCUGCUGGAGCCAACCUGGUGACUGUCCCUGCCAAUGUCGGCAAGCAGCACUUCACUCUCAAGCGUGGCGGCUCUGUCGUGUACGAUGGCGACUCUCUCAUGGACAUUUCCAACGUCUGCCCCUGCGGUAUCUACAAUUUCAACGCCUACGUCGGUACUCUCCCUGCUGGCUUUGACGAUCCCCUUGUCGGCGAUGGUCUGGCUUCCCUGACUGCUGGUCUCCAUGUUAGCACUUGCCAGGCCAAGCCCUCUCUUGGAACCAACCCUCCCAUCACUAGCGGCAAUAACCCUCCUCCUACCACCACUCCUCCUACUACCAAGCCCACCACCCCUCCUACGACUGGCAACCCUCCCCCUACCACGACUCCCACUACUACCAAGCCCACCAACCCUCCUCCUACCAGCAGCCCUCCUCCCGGCCAGCAAUGCAAUGGUGGUACCAAUGCCCCCGGACAGUCUGGCAACUACAUUGGUCUUUGCAACUUCGCUUGCAACCACGGAUACUGCCCUCCCGGCCCUUGCCAGUGCACAUCCUACGGUACCCCUGCCGCUGAGCCAGGCUACUCUGGAUACGACGGCUGCCCUCUCGCCGGUGAGGAUGAUAGCUACAAGGGUCUUUGCAGCUACUCUUGCAGCCACGGCUACUGCCCUGAUACUGCUUGCCGCCGAUGCUAAAGGAAUUUGUUUUUAUAACGAUGCUACAUGUUUUGUUGUGAAGGAUGGAUUAUUUUGGCAAACUCUCAGUAUAUUUCUUUUCAUAAAUACAUAUUACGUACAGAUCAAGAUAUGAAGUAAGCUCCGUCUAACUGUUUAAGAGUAUAAUGGCGAGCUUCACAGCUUUGGACCCCCCAUAAGUGCCACCGCACACUUCAUGCGAUACGUUGCUGCAAGCACCGCUGUCUGCCCUACCUGCUCUUUGUUCAGUUCCGCAAUGCUGUUGUAAAACUCAUCAGUGCGAUUAAGCGCACCAUCCAGAGCGCGGAAGGCUGCUCUCGGGUCCGUCUCGUACUGGUGUGAGGCCUUGUAACAGACAUGUGUCCAGUCGUACAUCUCAUAAUACAGCCAUGUCUUUGCUCUGCGUUCAUCUGGUACAUCUGUAAAUGCACUGCUUGUCCGGUACUCUUCAGCAAGUGUCUUGAUCUUCGCAAGCAGCCUGUCUGCCAGUUCAAAGUUUGGAGCGUUAACUGCGUCUGACCAAUCCAAAACUGUCUGCCCCCAUUCAAUUGGCCACGUUAUUAACGAACGUGACUUGGCGAGCUCAGGGCCCAAGAUAAAGGCUGCAACGCUGUCCUCAUUAUAUGCUUUCUCCAGCUUAGUGUAAUAGAGCAACGCAGUUUGCGUGUCGUCUUUCGCAGCUGCGUCCAUGGCGAGCCCUUUCCAUGUAGCUAACUCCUGGACCAGACCUAGCACACGAGUGGGGUCCUCAGUACGCGCAAUGUCUGCGGUGCCUUUGACAAAGUCGUUCCAAUCCUCUGGAUCCAUCAUGGGAAUUUGCUUGCCUACUUUAUGGACAAGUGCGUUGGUAGCGGUAAAGGCGGCUGCAGCCUGCUUGCGCCGCGUCUCGUCUGUUAUGGUAUCCAUCAAGAUGGAUUGGCUCUGGUGCAUGAGCUUAUUAAACUCAGCAGUAUCGAUUUUAUUCUGGUCGUUCACAGUGUAGGCUGCCUUGCUGAGGGUGUUGAGUAGAUUCCCCAUAUUCUGGAAUAGCUUAAUGUCGCCCUCGUACCUGGGGUCAUUUGUGCCUUGUAAAAGUCGCUGAAGCUCCAAAAUGUGCUCCCCAGCGAGAGCAAUAUUGCCAGACAUGCGGGCGGAUUCCAUCAGAUAGUAGUGGCUUUGGAUGGCAGACGACCAGUCUCCAGAGUUUGUGGCGGUCUCAAUCAUGUCCAUCCCAGUGGCUUCAUCUUUGAAGAUGCCCAUGAGCGAAUCGGCGUUGAGGCACUCGAUAUUGCGGCAUUGUUCAAAUGCUUGACGCAUAGAUCCAUUUAGAAAAGCAGUCAUGGGUAUUUCUUCGCGCUCUUUGUCCAGAUGGGUCUUUGAUAUGAGACUUAGAAGCUCUUUGAAAUUAUCGCUCUCAAAUAAUGUUUCACUCGGCGCUUUAUUGAGAGACGCGCCCUCAAUCCUAGGUGACCCGGUCUCAUUGCCAUUCUUGGACUGUGCCUCUAACUCUUCUUGUGUUUUGGGCGUUAGGCACAUGACAACAUCUAGAACUUUCUUGUUCGCAACUUGAAUGAAAGGAUAUGGGCGAUUGAGUAGCAUAGACCGAGCGACCUUUACCCCGUUGCUGCCACUGUUAAUAACGCGCGGAAUAAACUCAGAAAGUUGUUCGUCAUGCAGUGAAUCCUUGGCAGACUCGUGGUAACCCCUUACUUGUUUGAAGAAGCCUUUCCAAUCCACAUUGUACUGAUCAAACUUGCCUGUCAACAUGUCGCACAUUCGUUCUGCUAACAGAAAUACAGUGUCAUCGUCCGUGGGAUGGAUACAUUUUCUCGCCAGUAGGAUAGCCUUGAUACGAUUCAUCCACUGCUGUGGCUCAUGUUUCGAUAUAUUCUUUGUACGGAACAUGGUAAGGAUAUACACGGUUGUCAUGACGGCGAAGCGUUGCAGCUCCCAGUCAGAAGCCAUCAAUUCUGGUGCUACGCUGAAAACAUGAUUCAGGAGACUGUCAUAUUGACGGAUAAAAAGCGAACGUUCGCUCUGAGUGCCAGCCGCUAAGACAUGAAUGCAUAUUUGCAUCAGGUAUGUGAGAGGCCACUUAUUGGGCGGAAUGCUCAAAUAUUUGCUCAUACAAAGUCGUAUACAUGUAAGGGCAUUCUGGAAGUGAUUGGCAAGAUGGUGUGGCUGGAUUCUGCGGCCCAGUCCAGCGCUUUGCUCUGUUGCUAAAGAGAAUGUGCGCUGGUCUUCGAUGUCUUGGAGGAACCACGUUAUGGAUUUCAAAUUUGAUGGUAUUGAGAAUUCUGUUUGUUUGAACAGUGGAGAAAGAUCCUUCAUUGCGCGUAUAUAAUUCUCAGUCAUUGUGUUGGUGAGCGACACUGCUAUGUGGCGAGGCUCUGGUGGUGUCAUGCAGUCGGCUUUCGAAGUCAACAAGUUAUAAACAUCUUGCAGGAUAAUUCUGCAAUAUAGUGAAAAUACAGGAUGAAUGAAACUGAUGCGCUGAAGGUUUUGAAUACUCCGUGUCCGGAUGUACCCUCGCUCACUGGCGAAUUCGAUGACGAAAGUGACCGCCUCGUCCCGAUUACAGAUACCGAGAGCCGAUAGGAAGUCUCUAUACAUUAUAACAUAGGGACCUUGGUGCCAAAAUAGCCCGCCUAGAAACAAGAGAGCAAAUAGCUUACCAAGCUCAAGGCCAUGGAGUAAAGCGUGGAACUCCGAGAAUAUGCCACCAUCUUUAGCAUAUGUGUUUGAAAGAGACUGGUACAAGGCGCAUUCUCCCUGCUGGAGCCCAUUUGUAAACUCUCCAAUUUCUACUUCGCUUCGCUUAAACUCGUCGCAUAAGGCACACAUUAGGCCUGGGUUCCCCAGUAGAAGUCUACUGAAGAGCAUAUAUCCGUCGAUAAAAUUCGCAGAAGUGGGAUCGGCUGGCUGUAUGAGUUCCUGACAAAGCUGUAAGCCAUCUGCCGGUGUAAGCUCCUCCAACUCCAUUGCCCUGAAUCUGGGGUCGAACGAAAGAUGGAAUGGCUGGCUUUGCACCUGUGUUACACGCUGUCUGGCUAGGGGGGGUGAACGGCCCGAAAAGAUGAUGAGGGACUGUUUAUCUCCGCCGUCGCACGCAUCUGUUAGAUGUUUGAAAAAGGCGUCAAACUCAGCCGAAACCUUUUCAUCUACUUUCAAAGGAACGAGAAUUUGCUCAAAUGCUGAAAAUACUGCGUGCAAACCAUCAAGGAUGAUCAAGACUUUUGCUUUGUUACGGAUGUGCUCCAGCACAGCCGCUCUUUGAUCUUUGCCUUUUGUCACAGGAACAGACAACUGCUGAAGCAUGAUUAUUGCCAGAUUUGUAGUAUCCCGGACAAAUCCCUGAGAGAAAUCAACAUAGACUAUACAGUCAGCCAGUGCGGUCUGUUCCCAGAUUCGCUGUGCAUAUCGUAAGAAUGUGGAUUUUCCAAUCCAUGCGUGUCCAUACAAGUAUACCAUACGUGACUUGAAGAGGACUCGUUCAAGAGUACUCAAGUCAAAGGCACGGCCGUAUACUAUUUCUGGAGUAUUCAUAUCUUGCGAUUUGGACGAAUAUUCUCCUUCGACGACUGGUUCCGCUAUGAUGGGGGACACAAUGGAUGUAUCCUGUACACUGGAGUACACUACUGGUCCAAACCAAUCCAGCAAUGUCAGCUUCCUGUUGAAUCUGGCAUCUCGCAGAUUAUUCCCUCGCAACGCACACCUUGCAGCAUAGGCAGCAUGUGAGAAUGUCUGCCCAUGUAAAAUCAGCUGCUUGUAAAAUGUUUGGAGAUAUAGUGAAGCAGCCGUUUCGAGCGCCGUAAACGACAUGGCCAACACGUUCUCCGCACAGCCGAUCUUGGAAAACACCUUUGCCGUAUUGGCAAAGUCGCCGUGACGUGCGACGGCAGAUUGACAUGCGUUGAGGACAAGAAAGGGGCUUGUGACGGAAUUUAGGUUAAACUUUGCAGCGAUUUUCUCGACCGCAUGUGGUGUCGUCCGCUUUGUCUUCACAUCUUCCAAAUAUAGAUUUGCUCCAGCUAUGUCUGCAUCUCCAUGCACAUCCAGGUGUAUAAUGUGAAUGUCUUGGUUCCUAUGUUGGCCGCGUAGGCUGAGAAGAUGGCGAGACAGUUGCUUCAGGCUCGCCGGCUUGAUCGACUCGAUGUUUAGCUGCACUCCGCUACCUCUCGACUUGAGCUCUCGAUUAAUAUCGGUAAGGAUGCCUAGUGACAUGAUCGGGUUGACAUCGUCGAGGUUUUCGCUAUCCCGGGCGACAAUAUGGAGUAUAUUGAUGAUUUUAGGCUUCUCUUGGAAGACUGUCGACUGAGGGUGGAGAUCCGUAGGCUCAGACGAUCGCAUCCUGCGUACCCAAAGACGGAGUUGUUGCAGACCCCAUGCGGACGGAUCCUCCAGCAAUUCCCAGUAGAUUUGGUGGAUAGUUCCUUUGGAAGCAUCGCCCUCUAGGUCGGCUUCGCAUAUUUCCAGAUCCACGUUUUUGCCUUCUGUAAGCGAAAGAUCCAGCUGACUAGCCAGGUUUUUGGCGUAUUUUCCCAACUGCCAUUCGAUCUUGUUUGCGCGCCCUUUUUCCAAUGAGUCGUUUUGGGCGUAGUUGUCCAGGUACCACUGGCACUCGCUAUGCUGCACAUCAUCGAACGGAUCCUUAAUCGUUCGCUCCAGGACCCCUUGGCUGGUAAAUAUCCUGAUUCCCCAGGUGCGGUCCGCGCUACCCGGCUCGGGAUGGGCCGUGGCCACGAGGCGAAUGCUUGGCUGUAGAUCCAUGCUAAGCUAGGAACAUAUCUAAACAAACAAAAGAGGAUAUAAGUACUAGCUGGGUAUAAAAUGCAUCAGGAAGAAGCCCCAUCUAAU